AUGGCUCGGCAUCUCGAGGCCAUGCUUGCUUUGUCCCUUUGCUUUCUCGCGUUGAUAUUGGAGCUUGUCUGUGGGCCAAAGGGACGUAAGAGGGGAGGCAACGAAUGGAGUCUAUGGCGCAUGGAGGAGUUUUUGUUUUGGGUUUGCUUCGGGAUUGUUGAUAAUGGCUCUCUUUCAGGGAAUGCGACGUGUUGUUCUUUCAGUGCUGAGUUAAAGGUUGGCGCAGACCAAUGCCUGGAUAUUUGGAGCACCACUGGUUGCCAUUGGUCUUGGUGGUUUUUGAAACCGAAUUGGGAAAGCAGUGCAAACCACCUGAAGUCAUGGUGGGCGACCGAGCCUUCGAUUAAUGAAUUUUUAAGCUGA